GUUCUCCUCGGGAUUUCUCGGCUGGGGUGAAGAGCCCUUGCCGAUCUGUUGCUGCUGUCCUUGGUGAUGCAGAGCUCAAUCCAAUUAGCUUUCACCUCUAGAGCCUCUCUGAGCCAGCUUGUGGGAGAUCCAGGCCGGUCUAUCCCUUGUGCUUGGGAAGACAGAGAGAGUGUGUGUAUGUGUGUGUGUGCAUGUGUGAUUGUGUGAAUGUGUGACUGGAGAGAGCUGCAGAUCACUGUCUCCAAGCGGUGCUGAAAACCUGCACAGUCCAUUCACAGCAGCGGCACAGAAGACCCAUCGCAUGGCCAGGAUCAUGCACUCUGCACACAGAGCAACCUUCCCAGUGUAACUACUGCCAGUCCUAUCACUGCUUCCUUCCAUGGCCAUCCAGACUCUUCCAUAUGUCAGCCCUAAGUCACAGCCCAUUGCUCUCUAGUCUCUCUAGACUUGGACCUGUCCAGCAUGGGACAGGACAGGGGCAUGUGAAGUGUCUUCUGCAUCUGACCAUCUAGCAGGCAACAUCCAACAUCUGGGAACAAGAUGAGCCUAUCUACCCCCUGGAUACAAGGCUUCUCUUUCACAUCACUUUAAACCAGACUGAAGAUUGGGCAGUGCCAUACGGGAAGCUACUAGGAUAUCGUGACCUCCCAUCUUUGCGUCUCAUGCUCAUUCUUUAAAAAAAUUAUUUGUAGGCAACUUUGUGUCAGACAUCAUGGCAGAAAAGGCUCUGCCUGGGCUCAAUAGGAAGACCUCUAGGUCUACAUUGUCCCUUCCACCGGAGCCUGUGGAAAUAAUUAGAAGCAAGGCGUGUUCAAGGAGAGUGAAAAUCAACGUUGGAGGUUUAAAUCAUGAAGUUUUAUGGAGGACUUUAGACAGGCUGCCAAGGACUCGAUUAGGCAAACUCAGAGACUGCAAUACUCACGACACUCUCCUUGAAGUAUGUGAUGACUAUAAUCUAAACGAGAAUGAGUAUUUUUUCGACAGGCACCCUGGUGCCUUCACCUCUAUUUUAAAUUUCUAUAGGACAGGCAAGCUACACAUGAUGGAAGAGAUGUGUGCUCUGUCAUUUGGUCAGGAGCUUGAAUACUGGGGGAUUGAUGAGAUAUAUUUGGAGUCAUGUUGCCAGGCCAGAUAUCAUCAAAAGAAGGAACAAAUGAACGAGGAACUGAGGAGAGAAGCUGAGACUCUAAGAGAAAGGGAAGGAGAAGAAUUUGAUAAUACGUGCUGUCCUGAAAAAAGGAAAAAGCUCUGGGACUUACUGGAGAAACCAAAUUCAUCAGUAGCUGCAAAGAUUUUGGCGAUUAUAUCGAUCCUAUUCAUUGUCCUCUCGACGAUUGCAUUAUCCCUUAACACACUGCCGGAUUUGCAAGAAACCGAUGAGUUUGGACAGCCCAAUGACAACCCACAACUGGCACAUGUUGAAGCUGUAUGCAUUGCCUGGUUUACAAUGGAAUACCUUCUGCGCUUCCUUUCUUCACCUAACAAGUGGAAAUUUUUCAAAGGGCCCUUGAACAUAAUCGAUUUGCUGGCCAUUUUACCAUAUUAUGUUACAAUUUUCCUCACAGAAUCAAAUAAGAGUGUACUUCAGUUCCAAAAUGUCCGACGAGUGGUACAGAUAUUCCGGAUUAUGAGGAUACUACGUAUUCUGAAACUUGCCAGACAUUCAACUGGGCUCCAGUCUUUAGGGUUUACCCUGAGGCGCAGUUAUAAUGAAUUAGGAUUGCUGAUUUUAUUUUUGGCAAUGGGGAUAAUGAUUUUCUCCAGUUUGGUAUUUUUUGCUGAAAAGGAUGAGGAUGCCACAAAGUUUACUAGUAUACCAGCAUCGUUUUGGUGGGCAACCAUAACUAUGACCACAGUUGGCUAUGGGGACAUUUAUCCAAAGACGUUACUAGGUAAAAUUGUAGGGGGUCUUUGUUGCAUUGCUGGCGUGCUAGUAAUAGCACUACCUAUACCAAUCAUAGUAAAUAACUUUUCAGAGUUUUACAAGGAACAGAAAAGACAAGAAAAAGCAAUAAAACGGAGAGAGGCACUUGAACGAGCAAAAAGAAAUGGAAGCAUAGUGUCCAUGAAUCUAAAAGACGCAUUUGCUCGUAGCAUGGAGCUGAUCGAUAUUGUUGUAGAUAAGUCAGCAGACAAUUCUAAUAAACUAGAGAAAGCAAGUGAUAAUCAUUUAUCCCCAAACCGAUGGAAAUGGAACAGGAGAACAUUAUCUGAAACAAGUUCAAACAAAUCAUUCGACAAUAAAUAUCAGGAGGUUAGUCAAAAUGACUCUCAAGAACAGUUGAACAAUUCAUCUUCUAGUCCACAACACCUGAGUGCACAAAAACUUGAAGCUCUAUAUAAUGAAAUAACAAAAGCUCAAUCCCAUCCCAACGUUAAUUCUUCCUACAAUGAACAGUCUAUAGUCCCUCCAGCAUAUGAGGAGGAAAUAGAGAUGGAAGAGGUUUCUGCAAAAAGAAACCAGCUUUCAGUAACACAACGCGAUGUUAUAACAGACAUGAGAAGUGUUUCCAGUAUUGACAGCUUUGCAAGUUGUGCAACUGAUUUCACGGAAACUGAGAGGUCUCCUCUCACCCCAUUUCCUGGUAGUAACCUGGAAAUCCGAUUACCUUCAUACAUGGUGCCUCAGGAAGGAAAUCAUGAGGUCAAAGUCUCACACUUUCCGCAACGUUCCAAAUACCCAGGGUUUGCUCCCAAAGAUGUCACUUUUGAAUAUAAGCUAUCUGACACAUCUCUCAAAAAUGACAAUCCGAACCCUAAAAUAUUACUCCAAGAUCAAAUUGACAAUGAGUCAGGAAUCAACCAAAGUUCUCUAAAAUUGAAUAACCCCCUUAAAGCUCGAUCGAUGAAAGUUAACUUCAGGGAAUUAAAAGGUAUUGGUCCACAAACCCCAGCAAAUAUUACAAGCUCAUUGCCAGUAAAUGCUGUUGAGCAUCCAUUAUAUAGCCAUCUUAAACUAAGCACAGUUUUUCUACAAGAUUACCCUUCACAGGAACAGCCAUCAAAGCCACAAACUGAAUCACUUAGCGGCUUAACAGGGUCCAACCAGGAGUCUCCUUCCCCUAAUCCAAAACUUUAUGCACUCUCUUCAAAAAAGACAAGCAGUUUUACGGAAAUAGACACCGAAGACGAAGAUUUUAUGCAGAUUUGCAGUGCAAAAAACAGUACUCAGGAGGGCAUCAAAGCAAACUGCAUUGAAGAAAGGAACGAGGGAAGUCACGUAACAACAGAGAGAGAUGUGCCCUCUCCGCAAAAAAACAGUCAAAACUGUACUCAGGGCAUUUACCUAGCAGGAGAGGAUAAUAAGCAGGCCAACGUUCAAGAAGAAAGCACGGUGGAAAACCACCUAUUUGUUCCAGAAAUCCAUUCAGAUGCUGGUGAAACGGGUUAUUGUCAAACACGUGAGACCAGCAUGUGACUAACAGAAAAAGCAAUAAAGACUUUUUUUCUUAAAAGCACUAAGGUUGGUAAUGCCUGUGAACUAAAAAAAAGAAAAGCCUCAAAGACAUCCGUAAACUAUUCAUUUUGCAUGGCAUGAAGGAUUGUUUAGUUUAAAUAGUUCAGGAACUUACCUUUUGUAACAAUACAUAUAAUGACUCAACAGCAGUGGUGUAAUAAAGAACACUCAACUAAGAGCCAGUGUGCGGAGAAAGCUGACGUUUUUGAUCCAUUAAUCUACAUUUGCAAAUAUGUUUUAGAACGUUAAGCAAUGUAGAGAAUGCAGAAGAAAGGAUACAUAUCAAUGCAUGCAUUAAGAAAGAUGGGAAUGAGAUGCUUUGAACUCUAAGAAGGCCUGUAUAUGUACAUAUGUUAGUUAGAAGAAAGAAUUUAGGUAUAAAAAGUAUAUAUAAAUAUAUAAAGGAAACAAGAUAAUCAGGGCCCAGGUACUUCCUUCGCAGUAUACUGUUUGGAGGAUCUGUACAGACUUAUGUUGCAAAAUUGCAACCUUCGGUAUGAGCCUAUCCAGUGGUGUAGAGGUCUAUGUUCCGUUGCCCUGGUUUGCCAAUGGACAAUAGGCCACGGCAGCACUGGAGAGGAUAUGCCACUUAAGUAUCUGUUUUUUCUGUUCGUAAGUUUUUCUUAUAUUUAAAGAAAAGUCAGCAACCUGUGGCUCUCCUGCUGUUGUUGGAGACAGUUGAAGAGGAUGACGGGGUAACAACAAUGUCCGGAGAGUCACAUUAUACCCACUCCUAAUUUAAAUGAAGAGAUUA